AUGCGUGUCGAAAUCGUGUAUUAUGCGUGUUAUCAGAAGAUCUUAUGGCGAUUGAGGGAUAAUCAGUUAUACGCCAAAUUCAGCAAGUGCGAUUUUUGGUUGCAAGAAAUCGGAUUCCUUGGUCACGUCGUCUCGGCACAAGGUAUCCAGGUUGAUCCGACAAAGAUUGAGGCAGUAAUGGAUUGGAAGACACCCACCAAUGCGACUGAAAUUCGAAGUUUCUUGGGUUUAGCAGGCUAUUACCGUCGUUUCAUUGAAGGAUUCACUAAACUGGCAAAACCAAUGACCAAAUUGACGGGGAAGAAUGUACGUUUCGAAUGGACUGAGGAUUGCGAAAAGAGUUUCAUGGAACUCAAGAAGAGGUUGACAACUGUACCUAUUUUGGCGUUACCGCGUCCAGGUGUUCCGUAUGACGUGUAUACGGAUGCAUCGAGGUAA